CUUCCACCAGAAUUUCGCUACGGCGCUAUGCACCUGUGGGAUGGCCGUCUCGUUCCUCAGUUUCUGCGGUUCUUGAAGCAAGGUGUAUGGACCCCAGCUCCUGGCGGCCCACGCGAGGGCACAUUGGUCGAGCGAUUGGGUGACGAAAACGGGGCUGCGCAGAAUGCCAGUGAGUAUUACAGGUGGCUCAUAUCUGGCAAAUCGUUUCCGCGAAAAAGAGGCAAAGCUUUCUUCCUAGAACAUUUUGAGUUCGCAAAUAUAGGAGCAUGGGACCCCAAGAAAUUCCGACCGACCUUUCCUCAAGCAGAAAGCGAUGGAGAAGCUGCAGGACUACUGAAGGAUGAUGUUGAACAAGCACUACUUCUAGAAGGAGAAGAUGAAAAGUCGAAUGACGAACGCAUUUCGUAUCAGUACGUUUCUAAUUUACGGCAAUGCGCCGCGCAAGUUGUCUCGUCGUAUCGACAGAUGACACGGAAUCAAGCUGAUACAGGGCGUGGCUUUCACGACGUUUUGGAGAAUCAAAAGGACAUGGACCUAGGGUCCGAGGUGUAUCCUAUGAGUUACCGCCACAUGUUUCCUUCGCUCGACGACGCCUUCUUUCUCAGCGGGCAUGAUCUGAUAAACACGGCAAUGCACCAGGAAUUUCUGAAACUGGACUUGAAGGCAGCGGCUUCGCCAAGUCAAAACGCAGAUUUCGAUAAAGCAGUGGAGGACGUGCGAAGUGCAUAUCGCUUACCUAUUGAAAGCGUAGGGAGUUUGUACGCAGAAACUACAACGAGACCGGCGAAGCUCACAGUGCCUGCUGAAGACGAGCAAAAACAGGCCGAGACACUAGCCGGACUUACUGGCAAGAUUGCUCUAAGCAGUUUUUUCGUGGGCGCCAACAUUCAUCCGGGGCCAGCUCCAUUGACGAUGAUGGAUCAAGUAGCACAAGCGCUUCAUGGCGAAAACGUCGCGCUCUCUCCCCUAAGAGAGAGCACCCGAGGUGUCGACGUGAUGGAAGCUGCGAUUGAGCGCGAUGCUGAACUCUGGAGUGAGCCUUCGAUAGCUAUAAAAACAGGUGCACGAGCUGUGCGGGAGAUCGCUGCUCGCCGGUACGACGUUAGGACUGACGACACACUUGGCUUGCUGCAGGGCCGCGAGCCGUCAGCUCUUGUUAAUGGCAACGCGAACACGCUCACGUCAGAGUAUGAAAAAAGAAACGACAAUGCAGAUGAAAGAUCGUCUGUCAUCUCCGCUGCUUCCGCGUCCCAUCACCAGAUGCUGGCGAUGAGGCCCGACGUUGAUCGCUAUGAAGCCACCGAGCGAACUUCCACGGACGCUUGGGUGGAUCUCCAUAUGGCCCAAAAGUCAUACGGUAUCGCUUUCCCACAGCAUCUGAUCCACAUGCAUGAGGGAGCAGCCAGGUCGCCCUGCGUGCGCAACCGUUUCGGAUUGCAAAUGUUCGGAUGUACCACUGACGGCAACAAAACGUGGUUUAACGCCAGUUUUCACGGGGAACCAAGCAACUUGCUCACAGACGUGGCAACGCAGUUCCGGAAAUUCUCACUGCAAACGAACCUACUUGCUGGACGUACGAAGGAAGUGUUUGAGAAAAACGAACACGAACGGGCAAUGGUAUCAGAAGCAAGACUAUCAGAAGAUCCAAAUGGGUCCUCUGAUGAAGCACAUGUCAUCGGCACAUCUUCACGCGCAGAAGAAAGUUCUGCAACUCUACGUCAGAAGCGAACGGGUUCGCUGACUAUCCGCUCAGAAGUGCAUGAUACGUUUGGGAAAGGCUACAGUCACUUUCGUUCUCUCUCUGACGAAGAAGACAUGAAGACGUUUGAAGCGGCUGCACGUCGUAUUUUACACACCGCAUUUGGCGGUUUUGCGCUUGUUGGCGUUUUAGACCGGUACAAAGAGUUCAUGGAACUGCUAGAGUGCGUCUUUCCAACUUUCUUCAGCAAAGGGACCGAAACACUAGAAGCUGGACGGUUAGCAAAAAAUGCGUUUGGAGGCGGUGACGGCGAAUACUUUGCCCAUCGGGGAAUCGUCGCCAAGAAAGACGAAACCGAGAAUCUAUCACAGGCGGUCGGAGUACUAGAACAAGGACGAGGCGAGCAGGACGACCAAGAUCCUACUGAAAAUAUAGCUCUUGGAGCUGAAGCAUUGGGAGCUUCACGAGAAAAGACUUUGACGUUGGAGCAAAAAGACGGGGGAUUGUGGUCGCGUGCGCGCGAAAGACGGAAAUCCUACAGGGAAGCAGUGUUCCUGCUUGAUUUUGCUUUUGGCCAGCGGACAUCCAUGGGGACGCUUUUUGCGCUACUCAAUGCUGCAAGGGAUAUCCUGACAAAGGCGAUAAAGAGCGGUGUAGAGAAGGGUCCAGACGAGAAAGCGCUUGCGCGUGUUGGAAGACUAAAGAAGAAAUUGGCCAGUCUGGUCGCAGUCGAUUCGUCGUCGUCCUUCAACAGGACGCUAUUACUCAAUACGCGUAUGGAGCUUGUAGCUAUUUGGCGCCUUGUGCACGACAAAGUAUUGCUCCUUGGUCCGCACUUGCCUGUUGCACGCGUUCGCACAGUGGACGGAUCUUCCUUUCGCUAUGUGAAGGACCUAGCAAAGCACAAAGCGGCGCAGGAGAAAAGCGUCUCUCGAUUUCUGAAGGGACUGUUUGGAAGCUGGUGUCAGGGCAGUGCGGACGACUUACUCUAUCGCAUUGCCAGAAAAAGGUUUUCGGACUUGGUCGCGCAAGUACGUUCUCAGGCUCCUGGCGGUGACAUAAGACAGAGUGCUUGUUGUCGAGCCAGGCCAACUUUUCCGUCUUUGUAACAUGUCCUUAACGGUUCGUUAUACACACGAGAGAUUAACAUGAUCAAUUUUCG